AUGGCCACUAAAGCUUUCCAAUUCUUUAACUUCCAGCUGAGCUACACGGAUGGAGAACUCAGUCACGUAAGAGAAAAACGAGAUGCCAGCGUAGUGCCACUGGAAUACAUUGUGGUGGUGGAGAUAAACAUAUCACAGGUGAUUCUGAUAGAACAAAUCAAAUCCUCUCUGGACUUAAUCAGUCUUCCAUUACAACUCGACAACACCACAGAAGUCAGUGCUUUGAACAUUACAACAGUCUGCAUUAAUGAUACUGGAUACAACUGCAGAUGUGAGGAUCAGUAUUUCUGGCCAUGUGACAAAUGUGUACAAUAUGGACAUUGUGAUGACAUCAUCAAUACCACAUGUGGAUGCCUGAAUGACAUGCCCAAUGAUGGACAGUACUGCCAACCCAUCACAGAGCUGACGAAUGUCACUUGUCCAACUCCGGCAGCACCUCCACCUCCCACUGAAUAUAUGGCCGAGAUUGAGAUUGACACAAUGGAUGCAGCAGUGCUUAAUCAGCUGAAAACCCUUCUGAAGAACCUCAGUUUACCCUUCGGAAUAAGUGACAAUCAGAUCACUGAAGUCAACAUCACUACAGCUGGCAAUGAGUUAUAA